AUGAGGAAAUUCUUCAAGGAGGCCAAACAGAAGAUCGAGGCCGAGAUCGCGGCCAUCACCGGCGACGAUGACCCUCAGAAGCAGCAGCAGCAGCAGCAACAGCAGCAUUACCCGCCGCCUCCGCAACCGCCGGCUCAGGGGUUCGAGCGGGCCGUGUUUGCCCAUUUCAUGACUGACGGAAAACAAAACCCCCAGCUGAGCAACACGUGUGACUACACUGUCGACGAGUUCAAGGUCGACAUCAGGCUGGCCCAGGAAGCGCACAUUGACGCCUUUGUUCUGAACUUUGGCAUCCACGAGGAGGCCAUCGCAAAGCUCCCGGACGUCUUCGCGGCGGCCGAGCAGACCGGGUUCAAGCUGCUCAUAUCGUUUGACUACGAGGGAGCGGGAGCAUGGCCCAAGGAGCGAGCCAUCGACAUCCUUAGCCGGUUCGGCCCGUCGCCGGCGUAUUUCAAGCGCGGGUGGCAGCCCGUGGUGUCGACGUUCGAGGGCGUCGGCAGCGCCGCCGACUGGCACGAGAUCAAGGCGGCGACGGGCUGCUUCUUCAUCCCGUCCUUCUCGUCCGUGGGCGCCGAGAACGCGCUCAACACGGGCGUCGUGGACGGCCUCUUCAGCUGGGCGGCGUGGCCGCACGGCAACACCCGCAAGCUGGACGAGGGGCUCGACGCGUCGUACCGGCACUUCCUGGGCCCGCACCGGCCGUACAUGGUGGCCGUGUCGCCGUGGUUCUACACGAACCUGCCGACGUGGAACAAGAACUGGGCGUGGAAGGGCGACGACCUGUGGAACGACCGGUGGAACGAGAUCCUGGCCAUGCGGCCGGAAUACGUGCAGAUUCUCACGUGGAACGACUUUGGAGAGUCUCACUACAUCGGCCCCCUCCACGAGAAGCAGUUCGGCGCGUUCGAGUACGGCAAGGCGCCCUUCAACUACGUCCGCGACAUGCCGCACGACGGCUGGCGUCUGCUGCUGCCGUUCCUCAUCGACCUGUACAAGUACGGCACCGCCGCCGUGACGAGGGAGGGCCUCGUGACGUGGUACCGCCUGCACCCGGGCGACGCCGGCGACGCGGGCGGCACGACGGGCAACACGAGCAGCCACGGCCAGGAGCUCUUCCACCCGGCCGAGAUCAUGGAGGACAAGAUCGUCUACUCGGCGCUGCUCGCGGGGCCGGCGCAGGUGACGGUCAGCGUCGGCGGGGACGCGCGCGAGGGCGCCUGGGACGACGACGGCGUGCCCCGGGGCGGCGUCGGCGUGUACCACGGCAGCGUGCCGUUCGACGGCCGGACGGGCGAGGUCGUGGUCACGGUCCACCGCGGGGGCGACGUCGCCGUCCAGGUGCAGGGCCGGCCCAUCACGACCGAGUGCUCGCACGGGGGGAUGAACAACUGGAACGCCUGGGUCGGCGCGGCCAACUCGCACGCCGAGACGCACGCGGUUGCGCACCUGUGA